AUGAGCUUACAAAAUGAAAGUUUGAAGAAAAUUCAAUCGAUACUUAUACCACAAUCUAUACAAUCCGUACAGUCGACAGAUCCUACCAUAUCGAAUGAAGCAUCAGCUGGAGCCGGUUCAAAUACGCAGGUCUUGUCCUCAUCUUCUUCAACGUCCUCUGAAUUUGUACCGCAUAUUUUCUAUUCAUUAUAUCAAAUUAAAAAGGAUCCAAGUAGCUCGACAAAUCAAUUAGAAACAGCCACGGGGUUCAUUAGACAUCGAUUAAAGAAUUGUAAAUCAUUAAUUGAAAAUAAUAAUGAUUGCAAGAAAUUGUUAUCUAAAUCCGCUGAAGAUUGGGAAUCCUAUUUACAAAAUGCUGAGUUGGAAAUUCAAGGUAAAAGGAAUGUUUUAGAUGAAUUGAAAGCCAAAAUUAAUUCGCUAUCAAAUGAUAAGUCCUCCCAGGAUGGGGCAGCUGCACAGUUAUGA